UUCACCGAGUCAAGUCAUCAUGACGACCCACGCUCUAGCUGCUCUCUUAGUUAUCGGCAUCGCUUCUGCUCUUCCUGUCAAGGAUCCUGAAAGCUUGAGGGUUAAGCGAGGCUUCCUGAGUGGAGGAGGUGGCCUUGGUGGCGGCGGCUAUGGCGGUGGCUUUGGUGGAGGUGGUGGCGGCUAUGGCGGUGGAGCCGGUGGCUUUGGAGGAGGUGGUGGCGGCUAUGGAGGAGGCGGUGGCUAUGGAGGAGGCGGUGGAGGCUAUGGUGGCGCAGGUCUUGCAGGUGGCGUUGGGGUUAUUAUUACCUCAGGAGUCGGUGGUGGUCAUGGUCCGUCAGCGGGGGACAUAGCAAACCAGGCGGCAGGUCAGGCGACCGCGGCAGUGGCAUCACAGGAUGGGGCGGCAUGGGCGGCGGCGAACAGCGCCUCCCAGCACGUGGCGUCCCAGGCGUCGGCCGCCGCCCAACAGGCUCAGCAUGCCGCCGCCGCCAAGUACGGACAAGCGGCACAGCUUACCAGCGCCGCGCAGGCUGCGCAGGCAUCGGCGUUUGCAGAGUCAGCGCAGGCAGCCAAGUCAGCCAAGGCGGUAGCCGCUGCCGAGGCGGCCAAACAAUGGGCCAUCCAACAGGCGCAGAACUUGGCCCAGGCGACCGCGGCUGCCAAGGCACAGGCGGCUCAGGCGGCCCAGACAUUGCAGGCGGCCCAGACAGCCUACAACAACCAGGCGACGAUGGCAUGGCAAGCCCAGCAGGCGGCUCACGCAUUGGCCCAGCAGCAGAGCGUUGCACUCGCUGACCUGGACUCGGCCCAGGGCGCAGCAGCGCAGGCCACAGCGGCGGCUCAGAAAGCCCUGGCGCGAGCCAAAGGAACAGGGAAUGGUGGAUUCGGAGGCGCUGGUGGCUAUGGAGGUGGUGGUGGCUAUGGCAAGUAAGGCACGGAGAUUAUACUGUUGUAUUUAUUAUCGUUAGCGAAAAUGGAUGUUGAUCUGCGCCAUGCAUCUUGGAUUCUAUUGAUGUUAUUUCGUUCACUCUCCUCAAUUUUAUGUCUUGAUGGCAAAGCAAUCGCUAAUAUAUUUAAGCCCGUUAUUAUCGUCGAAAACUGUUUUUGAUUGUGAGGGUCAAAUGUUUGGGGUCUACAUAAAAAUAAAGCAAUUGCUCCAUUGCACAUUUCAAUAAGAGUGUUUAUCCUCCUAGCCUUGUCUUUGCAACUAUUUGCAAUCAGUUCUCAUCGCUUCACUUGUUGUAUCUAAUUUUAAUUUCACUUGUCCUAGAAUGCCCUGCGGUGAAAAACGAUAUCUUACGAAGCAUAGGGUGAACAGAAACAAUAAAACGAAUUGUUA